AUGCGUCUGCUGCCUGUGUGUUUCCUCACACUGGCGCAGGUUCGCUCACAAAUUCCGAAAUGCGAGCCGCCCGAGUUGCCAGAAGGGACUCGCAUGGUCUGUCCAAGAGGUAGAAAGAAUGGGGACAAGUGUACGACGUCUUGUGAACCAGGUUUCAUAAAGACUGGGCGAGACAUCACUAUCACAUGCAGAUGCGUUCGUUUGAAAGCAGGAAUCAAGUGCAAGUUCAACGAGCACCCGGCAGAGUGCAUUCGAGAAGGACACGGCCAACUAGGUCGUGAUGGACGAGUAAUGGUGGCUCCAACUCGUCAGCCGGAAACAACUAAGGCUGGACGGCAAGUAUUUUAUCCUGGAGGGACGCCACCAUCACCGCCAAAACCAAAACCUGCAAAGCGCCCUAAUAAUGUUAAUAUCGGUGGCUUUGAAGCUCGUCAGCCUAGCACUAUUGAAAGAAAUGGAGUCUCAUUCAACUCGAAUAAUAAAGCCAACGUCGGUUCUUCAUUACAGGCAACUCUCGCCCGUCAAAUCGAGCUCCUUCAAGCUCAACAAGACCAGAUCAACACGCUGAUUAACAAACCACCGCCGGCAAAAGUUGGAAUUCCGACGAUUCCUUUCGGCGGUGGUUCCAUUACUGCUAAUUUUGACAAUGCUCAAGAGCAGCAGCAAAGUGUUGAGCGAGUCAAUCUACUCGCUUGUGGAGAUCCUUCGAAAAUCGGCGUUUACUCGAUCGUUGAUAAGUGGGAUACAGGGUUUAUGGCAUCAGUAAACGUCGAUCUGUCCAUGAUAAACGAUGAUUGGAACGUAGCAGUAACUGAGGGACCGACGUUACCGAAAUUCGGCUUCGUUAUCUCUGAUUUGCCUGUCUACUCGGCAAAGCCGCAGUCCGGAAGUGUCAUCUACUACGAUAGGAAACUUCAAAGCUCCUGCGUCGAUGGGGAGAACAUUUGCAACGGUGCAAUGCCAGUAUCAUCCAGUAGCCAAAUGUUCGCUGCGGAAAGUUAUGCUCGUACAACUGCACGUCCGACAACGACAACUCCUAAGCCCACGACAACGACGAAAAAAAUGAGCCUGAUGGAACUUCUUCAACAACGCAAGAAAAUGAUGGAAGCGCCUCAAGAAGCAGAAGUUGAAGACGACUUCUUUGUAAUUCCGACGAAUAAUCCAGUUUCUUAUCAAAGUGAAAACAUCGCUGUUGGCCCUCCGAGUUCAGGUGGAAAUGAUAUCUGCGCCAACCAAAUCAUGGGAGAGUUUAUCCGAUUGAACAGUUGGUACACAGAAGAAACUGGAAUGUCUGGAGUAUCGGCCAAAAUUGAGCUCACUGUUGGUCAACCACCAAGCCAAGAUUUCGAAAUAAACGUCCAGUUUACAGUGCCCGUGCACAACAUAGAAGUCUGGACAUUUCAGGCGAUUCCUUCUGACAACCCUUCUCUUUGGCAAUUCAAAAGAAGCCGGGAUAUUCCUACAACAGACAUUUCCGCAAUUGUUGUCUAUUGCGACGGCGCUGCUACUAACUUAGCGGCUAUGUCUGUUAUGGGCCAGGCAGGACUAUCUGGGUCCACAGGCAGUCUUAGACCAAAUGACAAGAGUCAAUUAUUUCAAAUUCAAAACUCGGGUGGAAACUUCAAUCAUAGAGAUCAACUAUCUAAAGAUCGAGAUGUAAAACAGCUCAUAGGAAAAAUGCAAGGAGAACUUGAGAACGAUAUUAUGAGCUAUCCUUACUCACCAAGAUGUACAGGCAGUAUUCCAAGAGGCCUUCCUCCCAUGGCACCAAGACAAUCGAACAUUCAGUGCGCUGAGAGUGAUCCAGACUUAUUCAAAUACGAUUUAAAGCGUGUGCUUUGCUUGUCAGGAUACUUUUACAAAGCGCAAAGAGUAGGCCCCACUGCUUCGAGAGAUGUUCCUUGGAGAGGCAUAGCUGGACUAAAACACGGCUGUGACAUUCAGAAAGAUCUCGUCGGUGGAUGGUACGAUGCCGGAGACAACGUUAUCUUCACCUUUCCUCUUGCGUACACUAUUACGAUGCUCAGUUGGUCCGUCAUCGAGUUCAAGGACGCGUUUGUAGCAGCUGGCGAGUAUGAGAAGAUACUUCGCGAGCUAAAAUGGGGAACUGAUUUCCUAAUCAAGGCGCAUAUUUCUAAAUUCGAGCUUGUCGGACUCGUCGGUGACCCUCAUUUGGACCAUAAGAAAUGGAUGCGCCCAGAAGAUCCAACAUCGCCAAAAACACCAACUUUUAUAAUUGACGCUGAAAACCCUGGAUCUGAAUUAGCCGCAGAAGCAAGUGCAGCACUUGCAGCAGCGCAUCUUGUUUUCCGUUGGGCGGAGCAAGAAGAUUACGCUGAUUUGUGCUUGCAACAUGCUCUGGAGUUGUUUGAAUUUGCGGAUACAUAUCGGGGCAGCUAUCAUGACUCCAUUCCUAAGGUUUACGACUUCUACAGAAGCUGGGAGGGCUAUGAAGAUGAGCUCGCAUGGGCGGCGAUCUGGCUAUUCGGCGCUACCUCCGAUAACGUCAUGCUAACAGCUUCGAUGGCCUUCUACAAAAAAUCAGGCCAGUUGAACAGAAAACCAAUCGACUGGGACAACAAAUGGCCAGGUGUCCGUUUGCUUUUGGCCAGACUGACGAAGGACGAAGAGCUUGCGCGCGAAUCUCUCAGUAGACUUCGGAAGACAAUUUCUUCAGCUAAAUACACCCCAAAAGGGUUGAUCUUCAUCAAUGAGUGGGGACCUCUUAGACACGCAGCAAAUCAUGCUUUUCUGGCCUUUGUUUCAACGAAACUCGACCUCGACAAUUCAGACGAUCUUCUUGACUUCGCAAAGAAGCAAAUGUUCUACAUCUAUGGCGAGGGCGGAAGAAGCUACAUAGUCGGCUUUGGAAAGAACUAUCCGACAAAACCUCAUCACAGAUCUUCUAGCUGCCCUGUUUCGCCGCAAGAGUGCGGCUGGGAUGUUGCCGACGACAAAAUGAGCCCGAAUCCAUGGAUACUUUUUGGGGCGCUUGUUGGAGGACCUGAUCGCUUUGACUCCUUCAUAAACGACAGGAAAAAUCAUCAACAAAGCGAAGUCACGCUGGAUUACAAUGCGGCUCUUGUCGGAGGAACGGCCGGCCUUCUCUACUACAUCGAUCUCAACUACCUAACUGGAGUAUAA